AUGGUGACAAGGGCUUUGAAGAUUCUCCAUGGCAGCUGCAGAUCAAGUCGAAAUUGGCGCCUGCGCGGCGAGCGGACCGCCGCCAUCAGAGCUCUUUUCUUCUCGACCACCACCACCAACGAUGAGGACCAGCAGCGCAGACCAUUUAACAAGGACAAGAGGCUUUCCUUCGUGCAACCACCUAACCCAACAUGGGACUAUGGCAAUGGAGGCGACCCAAGCACCAAGGUUGAACAUCAGCAUCUGAAUGAGGAAGAGGCAGAAGCAGUCCUUCGUAGGCGCUGGAAUAUGGACCAUACAUCGUCAAAGGAGAAGUAUGCCCUUCUAUCAGCUGCUAUUAGCCCAAGGCCCUUGGCCUUGGUCUCUACAGUGUCCAACACUGGAGCUGCCAACCUGGCCCUAUUCAGUUACUUCUCACUGGUCUCGCACAACCCAGCAAUGCUAAGUUUAUCCCUUGGUCUGCCGCGCGAAACCAGGGAGAAUAUCCUUAGCACGCGUCAGUUCACGGUAAACGUGGUUGACGAAACCUUUAUCGAGGCUGCCCACUCCGCGUCGAUCGCUCUACCUUCGUAUGUGGACGAAUGGGUCCUCAGUGGACUCUCGAAAGAGUCAGGAAAGCUCGUGAGACCCACUUUGGUCAAAGAAAGCCCAAUGGGCAUGGAAUGCGAGCUCUACAGCUUCCAAGACAUCUGUCUUCCAAACAGCUCAGAGAUCGCAACAACAAUCGUGUUGGGUUCAAUCAAGUACCUGCACAUUCGCUCAGACGUUCUUGAUGACUCUGAGGAGAUGGUUGAUCCAGUCAAGUUUCGCGCAGUCGGGAGACUCGGAGGGGAGUCUUACGCUCGACUGAUCGAGGCGUUCGAUCUCCCGCAUCCUUCCAGGAAGCUCGAAGAUGAUCGCUAUAACGGGCUCCUUGGGUGA